UAUGCCCGAACCAACUGAAACGGGAUUGAGUGAUCUUGAGAAUAUUUUACAAAAUUUGGAUUCUUUGGUCAAUGAACCAAAUGAUGAAGAAAAAGUUAAUGAACUUGGUAAUAUAUUAAGUAAUCCAGUUUUGGCAACUCUGGUUAAUACGUACGAUAAAUUAACUAUUGCAUAUAAUGAACCGAAUAGUCAAGAUGGCUAUUCAAAGAAUUUAAUUGAUGAAAUCUUGUACGACCUCGAACCAUUUAAUCAUAAAAGUCAGGGUGCUGCUGAAUUGACAACAAUUCUACAAGAUCCUCAUUUGGAGGCUCUAUUGAAAGUUCACGAUGAUGUUGCGUGGAAAAAUUACGAGUUCGAAAUGGAACCAGACGAAUCAAAUGAUUUCGUCCCUCCGGAAGAUGUUGUUCCUGUUCAACAAAGCAAAUUAGCUCUUAAUAUGAUUGGAAUAAAGAAGAAGCCUGGAGAAUCACUCGGAAUUACUGUACGUGUCAGUCAAAUGGGUGAUUUAAUCAUAACUCGAGUUAUUGCCGGUUCACCUAUAGAUGAACAAGGAUUAUUGCACGUUGGUGAUUUAAUAAAGGAAGUUAAUGGAGAGGAGGUUACAACUCCUCAACAAUUACAAGAGCUAAUUCGUAAAAGUGGUGAAAAUAUAAAAAUCAAGAUUAUUCCCGCCUUUGAUGAACAAACUGGACGUACCGAGAUGUAUGUUAAAGCCCAUUUUAAUUACGAUCCUAAAAAGGAUUCGGUUAUACCUUGUCGUGACGCUGGAUUGGCCUUUAAAGACGGCGAUAUACUAAAAGUUGUUAAUAUGGAAGAUUCUAAGUGGUGGCAAGCAGCUAAAGUAGAUGGAUCAGGAAAAACAGGUAUUAUACCAUCACUUACAUUGGAAGAGAAAAGACAAGCUUUCGUUAAACCUGAUUUGGAUCAUACGCAAAAAUCCUAUCUAUGCGGUAUAGUUACGAAAAAGAAGAAGAAAAUGCUCUAUCAGGCUAAACAGAAUUCCGAAUUCGAUAAAUACGAAUUGGCCAUUUAUGAAGAAGUUACAAAAUUACCGCCAUUCCAUAGAAAAACUCUGGUUCUUAUCGGAGCCCAAGGUGUCGGAAGGAGAACCUUGAAACAAUUCUUAUUGAAAGCUGAACCACAUAGGUUCGGCAGUGUUAUACCGCAUACUUGCCGCGUUAAACGUUUGAAUGAAAUAGAUGGUAAUCAAUACCAUUUUAUGGAUAAAGAACUAAUGGAAGAAGAAAUCCAAGGUAACAAAUUCCUUGAAUGGGGAGCGUACGAAGGCAAUUAUUAUGGAACAAAAUUCGAGAGUAUAACAAACGUUACGAAACAGAAUAAAAUGUGCAUUCUCGAUAUAAAUCCAGCUGCGCUUAAGGGAAUAAAAAGUGGUGAAUUCCUACCAUUUAUCGUCUUCAUUGCGGCUCCUCCUGUUCAGAUUAUGAGAAAUAUGCACGAGUUUGCUCGUCAAAGGGGCAAAACUAAUAAAAUAAAAACUGAAGAAGACUUUCAGAAGACCCUUGCCGAAUCAGCAAGGAUUGAAAAGACGUAUAAAGCAUAUUUUGAUUGUAUAAUCGUCAAUGACAACAUGGAUGAAACUUAUAGAAAGUUAAGAGCGGAAAUUGAUAAAUUAAAUGCUGACAACCAAUGGGUCCCAGUUAGUUGGGUAUACUAG